AUGGAUUACAUUGUUUAUUUCUUGGUGGUGGCAGUAAAAUUUGAAUUGGUACAAAGUAAAAAGCUCUCAUCAGAUUCAAAACUUAUUGAAUUUUUGAAAGAAGUUCAGAAACGUGAAGCAUUCGAUAGUCUUUUAAUCUUAAGACAAUCGAACUUUUUCGGGACGACAGAGGAGAAUUUUUUCAGAAAACUUCACAAUUCUCUAGAAGUCCCUCUAAUUCAACUGACGGAAAAGAAAACAUUUCUUCUCAAGGAAUCUUUUAAUCGCAAUAUUCUGACUGUUAUUUUCCUAGAAUCAUGGAAUGAAGAACUUCUUGGUCGGCUUUUAGAUGACUUACACCAGAUAAGAACGAGCAGAAUUAUUUAUAUUCUCAGCAACGAAAAAUUGGUGAAGAACGUGUUUAAAUUUUGCUGGAACACCGGAAUGAUAAAUGCCUUAGCUAUUCUGGGCGAUUUUAAGAAUUCAUCAAUUUUCUACUCUUUCACAAUCUUUCCAGCUUUUGUUGUUGAACAAAAUAUUUGGAUACAAGGAGACCAAGAUUCUAAAAUAUUUCCAAAUCGCCUCAGGAAUUUAAAUGGGUACACACUGCCAAUUUUCAUUGGGGGACCAAAACACACUAUGAUAGUGACUCGAAACAAAUAUGGCCACACCGUUCUAAAGGGAUUUCUAGGUCAUUUAUUCGAAGCUCUUCUCACCAAACACAAUGCGACACUUAAUUCCUCAAACUUCGAUUUAUCACUUCCAUCUCAAGUCAUACUCAAGCUUGUGCUAAAUAACACUAUUGAAAUAUCAGCUGCAGCAACUUAUCCUGAAAUUCCAAUGGAUUCAUUUACAUAUCCCUACGAUUUGGUGGAUUGGUGUAUUAUGUUGCCCGUAGAAGCAAGAAUGUCGAUCUCCAAGGUUUUUAUGAUUAUUUUCGAGGGGAACACCUUUAUCAUAAUAAUUGGAAUGAUGGUAAUUUUCUCCGCUUUAUUAGAAUGGGCAACAACUAUUACUUCUACUCGAUACAAUUCUUUGUUGAACUACUUCUUCAAUGACAGCAUAUUCAGAGGAAUACUUGGUCAAUCUUUCACCGAAGAGAAAACUAAAGCAUCUAUCACUAUUAAGCUCAUAUACUUGCUAGUAUUUUUGCUCGGACUUAACGUCAUCACAUUGUAUGGGGCAUUUCUUCAAACUUAUAGCACUCAUCCACCGAGUGAGCCAAGAAUCCAGUCAUUUGAUGACCUAUUGGCAUCGAAACUUAAGGUUUACAGUUUGAAACAAGAGGUCAAUCGUUUGGUUCAAUCUGAUGAACAAUUUCGCACCAAAUACUACGGUAUUUUUCUAUUCGAGAAAAACUUCUCCAAUUACGCUAAGUUGGAGUUUUCUUUCGACACAAAGUACGCAUAUGUCCUCACCAAUAUCAAAUGGAUAAUAAUUGAUCAUCGACAAAAAACCUAUAGUCAGCCAAUAUUUCGCUUACCCAAGGGAAUGUGUUUGUUUCGAAAUAUUCCCAUGGCUUUUCCCAUUUAUGAAAAUUCAAUAUUUAAAGAUAUUAUGAAUUUUUUACUUCUCGAAAUACAAUCGGCAGGACUAAUGGAUUUUUGGAAACGAAGAACUUUUUAUGAAUUAGUUGAGGCGGGAAAGUUGAAGUUGAAUGAUUUGACUACCAAGAGAAAUUUUAAACCGAUGCAAGUGAAGGAUUUGACGUCGAUUUGGGUUGGAAUUGGUUUGGGUUAUAUUACGGGUGGUUUGUGUUUUUUAAGUGAAAUAUGUGCAUUCAAAUGGAAAAUUCGGAGGGAAAUUCAAGCCCGGUGGGAAUGGUACUUUGAUUGAUUUAUAGAAGAUGUGGUUUUUGAACCUCAAUAUUGAAAUCUGUAUUCUGGUUAAAACAUACACUUCUGGCAUAACAUUACGAAGCACUAACCAUCACGCCAGGAGUAUUACACACAAACAAACUUAAAUUGUCAGUAAUGUUACCAUUGUUAAGAAACUUGACAGUACAAAAGUUGAAUGGCAUGUACGAGUAUCUAUAACAGUGCCGAAUAAGUGCUUCUAACUAAUUUCAAUAAGAACCUGAAUUAAAAACAAAGUGUUUUGAAAACAGAACAGAUUCAGUAAGACAAUCAUAAAUUAACAACAGUACAGCCAGAAGACCGACUUGUUGAGGGAACUCUGAUACCGUUCGUCGACGUUUGUAUUGUUUCUGGCUUUAACUCAACACAUCGUUGUCGGUAAAGUCAUUCAUAUGUGCAACAAAAUGAGAAGUAUACAGAAUAUCACUAUAAAAGUUUGAUCCCAAGCUCUCUAAUUGGAAUUAAUUUACUUUUAUAAGAAUAUCUCUUAAAAAGCUUCUGAAAUACACUCUCUUACUGGCUCUCAUAACAUUGGCUCUUCUAAUUCUUACACUGCAGAUUUAGCUUUUCAAUUAUUUUACUGUUAUACGAAUUGUUUAAUUAU